GAAGUGUUUGAGGCAGCGGUAGAAAGUCUACUGAAAUCAAUGAUGCAUCUUGAAGUUAUUGGAACAUCAGCUGAUCUGUUGACAUUGCUCAUUGAUCCGUUAUCUCUCUGAUUUUGCCAUCUGAAUCGUCAGUCGAAUCAAAGGAAAAGGGCUCUCUAGUCUCUACCGUUGCGGUUCCUAAUCAUAUACUCAUUGCCUUACCCCUCUCGGCCUCAAAGAAUUCCAUAGAUACAUUAUCGAGAAGGAACAAAAAUGGGGGUAGAUGAUGAGCUGCUGGACAGCAAGGCAAAGAGAAUGAGAGAUUUGCUAUCGAGUUUCUACUCGCUCGACCCAUCUUCGACUUCUGCUCCUCCGAAUGCUUCUUCCAGAUUUGCCACACUGGAUACCAUUAACACCGCCUCCUUUGACGCUGAUCAAUACAUGAAUCUGCUGGUUCAAAAGUCUAAUUUGGAGGGAUUGCUGCAGAGGCAUGUUGAAAUGGCCGCUGAGAUAAAAAACUUAGACACUGACUUGCAAAUGUUAGUAUACGAGAAUUACAACAAGUUCAUAAGUGCAACAGAUACAAUUAAAAGGAUGAAUAAUAACAUAGUAGGCAUGGAAACAAAUAUGGAACAGCUUCUUGAAAAGAUAAUGUCUGUGCAAUCUAGAAGUGAUGGGGUUAAUACUUCUUUAUAUGAAAAGAGAGAACACAUAGAAAAGUUGCACCGCACAGGGAAUUUUCUUCGUAAAGUUCAGUUCAUAUAUGACCUACCCACUAGACUAGCAAAGUGUAUCAAAGCAGAAGCCUAUGCUGAUGCAGUGAAAUACUAUACUGGAGCAAUGCCAAUCUUUAAGGCAUAUGGGGAUUCAUCUUUCCAGGAUUGUAAGCGAGCAUCAGAAGAAGCAGUGUCUGUCAUUGUGAAGAACUUGGAGGGAAAGGUGUUUUCUGAUUCUGAAUCUAUUCAAGCAAGAGCUGAGGGUGUUAUGCUCCUCAAGCAGCUAAAUUACCCGGUUGAGAAUUUGAAGGUGCAACUAUAUGAAAAGUUGGAACAGUUCCUUGUGGACCUGCAUCUCGAAUCGAAGGAAUUAAAGCAUAGUUCUUUGAUUCAUGAUCCCCCCCCUGACCAAGGAAAUAUCGUAGACCCAACUUCUUUUCAACAGGCUUCUAUACGUGAAUUUGCUGAGGCAAUCCGUGCUUAUCAAGUUAUCUUCCCUGAUUCCGAGAAGCAACUUGUUACACUUGCAGAAGAUUUAGUUAAGAAGCACUUUGAGGCCAUUGAACACCAUGUCAAGAAGCUUCAGUGCACAGAUCUAUUAUCAAUUUUGCGGGUUAUUUGGACUGAUGUGCUCAUUAUGGAUGAAGUGUUACCGGAGGCUGGUCUGAUUAACUUCUUAUUGGAGGCUGCUCGUGUUUCAAUUAAACAAUAUGUCAUCAGCAGAUUCAGUCAUCUUCUUUUUGAUAUAUCAGGAGCUCUGGAGAAGCUCCGAGAUAAACAGAAGGGAGUACAGGAAGAAUUUACAUUGCAGGCAGCACUUGAGUCCAGUAAAAGAGCGUUAUCUGAAGGCAGCUCAGAUGUGUUACAGGAUUUUCGACUUCUUCUUGACGAGGACAUGGAAAUGCUAUUUAAACUGCGAGAAAUGAUUAUUGACUGGGUGCAAGAAGGAUUUCAAGACUUCUUCUGGAAACUUGAGGAUCAUUUUCUCUUGCUUUCAGGAAAGAAGCAUUUUUCUGGACCUGAUCAAAACACUGGAGUGCAUAUGCAGGGUGACAAAAUUCUCCCUGGACUUGUUCUUGUGCUCUCUCAACUUUCUGCUUCCAUUGAAAGAACUGUCAUCCCUAGAAUCACAGAGGAAAUAGCUGUUUCUUUUUCUGGUGGAGCUCGGGGGUAUGAAAAUGGCCCAGCUUUUAUCCCUGCUGAAAUUUGCCGCACCUUCCGAUCUGCAAGUGAAACAUUCUUGAACAUGUAUAUAAAUAUGAGAACUCAGAAAUUAUCAGUUGUACUGAAGAAGAGGUUUGCGACUCCCAAUUGGAUCAAGCACAAGGAGCCAAGGGAAGUCCAUAUGUUUGUUGAUUUGCUCCUUCAAGAGUUGGAUGCAGUAGGAAGUGAAGUAAAGCAGCUAUUACCCGAAGGGCUUCACAGAAAACAUCAACGUACUGAUAGCAAUGGAAGCACUGCUUCUUCACGCAGUAACAAUCCACUAAGAGAUGAUAGGUUGAGCCGGUCUAAUACCCAGAGAGCCAGGAGUCAGCUUCUGGAGACUCAUCUAGCAAAAUUGUUUAAGCAAAAAAUGGAAAUCUUUACCAAAGUUGAACACACACAGGAAUCAGUUAUGACUACAAUUGUCAAACUUUGCUUAAAAAGUUUGCAAGAGAUUGCCAGGCUUCAGACAUACAACCGGAGUGGGUUUCAGCAAAUUCAGCUGGACUUCCAUUUCCUGAAGACUUCUCUGAAGAAAGCUGCUGAAGAUGAAGCUGCUGUGGACUUUUUACUCGAUGAAGUCAUCGUUGCUGCCACGGAGCGGUGCCUAGAUCCCAUUCCUUUGGAGCCUGCAAUAUUGGACAAACUCGUCCAAGCAAAGCUGUCAAAGACUUGACUGACUAUUCAGACCCCAGAGCCUAACAUCAUCUGUGUUCUUGUAGAUUGACUGCCUUCUCCUUUCUUUAUAUUCUGCUUUACGAUCCUCCAGUUGACUACUCAGAUACUUCCAACUUUAUCCUUGCUUUUGUAGUUGCUUUAUUAAAGACACAUCAUCUGCAAUCUUCUGUCGUUGCCAUUGAUGUUGAGGGCCACUAUGAUUAAAUUGAAACUGAUAAACCCAAAAUUGGUAACAGGCAAAAGAUCAAUGUCAUAGUUCCAAUGGUUACUGGAGAAAAGAUUAUAACAAAGUCUGAAGCCGACACUACUUGCAUCAA